UUGGCUGCACGUGGAAUGAGUGCCCUCACUGAUCAGCUCCCUGCAUGCCACCUGUGUUCCACCCCCACCCCACCUUGGCCCCGCCCCUGCAGGACUUCUAUCUCUCGUAUGAGCAGCAAGGACAAGAUCUGCCUCCAUGAGCGGGAGAAGCACCCACCCCCUGCCCUGCAGAGCAGCCCGGCUGAGGAUGAGGAGGAGGAAAGCCAGGUGGGACAGGUUCAGCCUCAAAGCCAGGCCAAAGCCUCCAGCAGCUCCAGCUCCGAGGAGGAGAGCGAAUCCGAGAGUGAUGCUGAGUCGGAAAAAGCGAAAAACAGAGAGAUCAUAAACAACUUGAACAACAAACGCAACACCACCAGCCUGCUCCCUACCUCCAUGUCAGCGGGCACUGCUACAGGCCAAGUGAAAAAGCAGGAACCAAGCAAACCCACAACCACUGAGGCCCCGGUCUCCUGGAGAACGUCUCUGAGGAAGGCUGGCAGCUCGGUGACUCUAGGCACGGCCGGACUGUCUGACUCCGGCCCGGACCCCAGCAGACCUCCAGUGUCAGGCCUGGGCAUGACCCGCUCUGCAUCCAGCCCUCGCCUCAGCUCAGAGGCUGACACCAAGGAGCCAAAGCUUGCCAGGGUCCCGCCUAUUCCUACGCGGAGACUCUUCAGCAUUCCCGACAACAGCCCUGACAACUCCAACAGUUGGCUAAGCCGUAGCUCCUCUUACACCCGACGCCUUCAUAGUCAAACAGGACAUGAUCUCACUAGUUCCACCCCCUAUUUGCUUCACAGCUCAUCUUAUGGAAAGAGACUGGAUGACCCCACCUUGACCUCAGCGAGCAUAGGAACAAGCUCCUCUGGACUCAGCCGUCUUAAUAGUGUCUUGGCACAGAGAUUUCCUCAGGAACAGACAGAGAAGAAGGAUCAGUCUGCCGUCACCACCUCCAACUUCUCUCAGAGCAUGACCACGGGCGAGCAGGAAACCAAGCAGAGGCGCAAAUCUUAUCUGACACCUGUGCGGGAUGAAGAAGCAGAGGCACAGAGGAAGGCUCGCUCCAGACACGCCCGCCAGUCCCGCCGUUCAACUCAGGGGGUGACGCUAACAGAUCUGCAGGAAGCGGAGAAGACGAUGAAAACCAGCCAAACCAACAAGACGGACAACAAAGGGAGAGAAAAGAAGGAGGAGGAAGAGAAAGAGAAGGAAGCAAAAGCAAAGAAGGGAGAGGAAGGGGAAGUGAGCUGGAGGUCUCGUAUUGCCAGCCUGCAGAAGUCAGACCUGCUGGGCCUCACGCAACCCGCUGGCACUCCGCGGCCUCAGGCUUCUGACAGGAGAGAUGUGGAGGCCAACACAGGGGAGAGUGAGACUAUGCGAUGGGCCAGGGAGCGCAGGGAGAGGAGACAAGCUCGGGCCAGAAGGAAGGCCCAGAGGACCGGGGAGAGUGAUGACAAUGAUCCAAGUGGAGAGGAAGAGUUCUCAGGCAGUGGGCUGGAUCCACAGGUGUGUGUGUGUGUGU